CGAAUCAAACCGGGGUCCGUCUUUGCGUUAAACGGAGACCAAAGCAGAUUACAGGAGGAGACCACACCCAACCCACAACGGAACAUACAAAAUACAAUACACACACCUCGCUCUCUCUCUCACCGAAUCAGAAGAACCCUAGCUCUCGCUAUCGCUAUCGCUCUCGCUGUGUGUGUGUGUGUGUAUGUGUGUGUUUGAAUUUGUGGGGUGGAAUAGAUAAGAUAGAAAAGAUAACAAUGGCAUCAGGGGGAGGGAAUAAUAAUGCGACAGUGGUGGGAGGAGUCGGAGGAGGAGUGGAGUGGCACCAGAGACCUUCGAACCCAAAGAACCCAAUCGUAUUUUUUGACAUUACCAUCGGACCUGGUCGUAUCAAGAUGGAGCUUUUCUCCGAUAUUGCCCCCAAAUCUGCCGAAAACUUCAGGCAGUUCUGCACGGGCGAGUACAGAAAGGCAGGAUUACCUGUUGGUUACAAGGGUUGCCAGUUCCAUAGGGUGAUCAAGGAUUUUAUGAUUCAAGCUGGUGAUUUUCUGAAGGGUGAUGGCAGUGGAUGUGUAUCCAUUUAUGGAAGUAAGUUUGAGGAUGAAAAUUUUAUCGCAAAGCACACUGGUCCCGGUCUAUUGUCAAUGGCAAAUAGUGGACCAAAUACAAAUGGAUGCCAGUUCUUUAUCACAUGUGCGAAGUGUGACUGGCUUGACAACAAGCAUGUUGUCUUCGGGAGAGUACUCGGAGAUGGACUUUUGGUUGUCAGGAAGAUUGAAAAUGUGGCCACGGGACCCAACAACCGGCCUAAACUGGCAUGUAUUAUUGCUGAAUGUGGAGAAAUGUGAAGAUGAAUCCAUAAUAGCUCUUUUCACUAAGAAGAUAUUUAGCAACCAUUAGUUACUACAAAAUUUUAGUAUGUUCAUCAACAUUUUUGCCUACUUUGCGGCACAAUGAACUAUUGAGUUGACUUGAAAUGAGAUUGUUCCUUGACUGUUGUUCAAUGGUGGAGUUUUCUGUUAGCUAUGAUAGAUGAUUGAAGUCAUGAAUCAAAUCUCCGAAAUAUAGAAAUGUUCAUAAUAUGCAAUUAACGGUUGGAUUCAUUCACGGUUGUAUGAAUCAGUUUAAGAACACAGAAACCUGUGCAAUUCUAAGGCUGCUUAUAACUUCUUUUUCUUAAUAA